AUGGCUCGACCAAUAGACGACCCGGAUGAACGAAAGUUUCAGGAGUUUGUGGAAGCCGCUGGCGAUAGUACAAUGGUAAAUAAUGCCAUCUUUGGAAGAUUAAACAUUUGAUUUUUAGGAAGCUUCAAGUGUCGUAAAAUCGUUGGACGACCGAAUCAGAGCGCUAAAAGCAGACUGCAAAGAUACGGAGCAGCUUCUGGAGUUGGCAAGGGACGCAGUGAGUGAUUUAAAAAGUUUUUUGAAGGUUUUUUAUUUUUUCUGGCAAAGUCAAGUAAGAAAUACAUAUCUAUAAAUACUAAUUUUUUAUUUUUAAAAACCGAAAAAAACUUUUUUUCCAUUUUUUCAAGCUCUGAAAAUCUAAAAAAACAUAAAAUAUUAUAGCUAUUGCUUUAGUUGCUUAAUUUUUUUUAAUUAAAAAAAUUUUUACUUGCAAAUUGACAAUUGAUUAGUUAAGAAAUUCCUUCUCAUAAAAAAUUUUAAUAACUGUUUUUUUGAUUACUUUUAUGACUCAAAAAUGCGUCAUGACCACCAAGAGGUGGCAGAUAAGAAGUCAUACGGACAGUCAUAGGUGAAAGUCAUAUCAGCCUGUUUACCUCUUUAGAAUUUUAAGUUUUUUUACUAUUAUGUUUUUUACAGUUUGAGCUUAUUUGAUAUGGUGGCAGAGAAAUUAAUGUCAAAAAAUUGGUUUUUUCAAAAUUUUGGCAUUUUUUCUAUAGCAAAUUCUGAAGGGUAGACACAAUGGUUUAUCUUUUGCGGAAACCACCGAUCUUUUUGGUCCGAAGUUAGCAAGUUUUGGCAUGAAAGGUUUCAGCGUGUUCUCUGCUGAAGCUUUUUUUUCGCGAAAGUAGCAAAGAUCAUAGCCAAAAGUCAUUUUUGUCCCGGCCCACUCGCCCCAAUUCGCGCAUUCUCUCUUUCAGAGGUUUGAUAUGAAAAGUUUCAGCAUUACCUCAUCUUUUUUAUGAGAAAGAAAUCUUUUCAACCCAAAAUUGGGAGAUUUGAAAUCAAACGUUUUUUUCACCGUCAGCUCUCCUCAUUUCGCGCGCUCUCUUGCCGGAAAAGAUUGCUGAAUAUCUCAGUUCUCAUUUAUAGUCGAAACUGAAAUUGCUGUAGAAAAAAAAAUCUGGGCGUCGCUUUUUACUCUCUGAUUUAGCCUGAGGGGUUGAGAACUUAUCGCCUGAAAUCUUCCAAAUUUAAUUACUUAUAAGGAUCAUCCCACGACUCCCUGACUGGUAAUUUUUUGUUUGUCUUGUCGUAAAGAAAGGUUCCGCCUUUCCGGUGAGACACUGAUAGCCUGCAUUCCCUUGUUUUACGACUGUGGGUUGCCGAGUGCUGAUUUGCGUUAUAAUGAGUAAUUAGGAAGCCAUUUUCAGGAAGAGCGGAACUGGCUGAUAUACCGGUUGCAACGCCAGCGCCUACUCUACGCCCGCUAUAAUGUGCGGAAGGUUGGGGUGUUGAAAAAGGUAAGUAGCGUCGGGAUAUUAAUAGGUGUCGGGAUUUGAAUACUGAAAUUUGGGUACAGUAAAAAUAUUAGGCUUGCUAAGUAAUGACGUCAUUUUUAAAAUAAGUUUUUUUUGCUGACUGGUAAAUUUUUUGGAGAUGGUCUACAGUGGGGGAUCUGAUCCAAUGGCAAGAAACGUAUCAUUUUGGAUCCGGGAGGUAUCAAAAAUGUGGCAAAAUCCUUCCCUCUAAAAUUGAAAAAACUCCGAUUUUAAAAGCGCUCUUUUUGUGAGGGAAAAGGCGCCUUUCAAAACAAAGUGUUUUCACUUGGAGAGGGAAGCAUUUUGCCGUAUUUUUGAUACUUCCCGGAUGCAAAAUGGUACGUUUUUUUCCACUGGAUCAGGUCCCACGGUGUACUCUUUCUUCAUCCUAAAUUGUUUCAGCUAGCCCAAUCCGGAAAGCUUCACUUGCCCUCGGAAGAACUGAAAGUCUCCUCAGCCAUGGAUUUGACCACCGACCAAGAGCGCUUAAUUGAAGCCCAUCUUCAAGAGCAAGCCGCCUCUCAGAAACCGUCUUCUUCCACCGACACCACAGGCCAUCGUCAGUCUUGGAAUGAGUACUUCCAAGCGCUAGCUCAUCGGCUCUACGGCGCAGCGCCAGAGUUUGAUUCAACGAUUCAAAUAUGCGAUAGUGUCGUUCCGGCGCGUCGUUUCUAUCGCGACGCUUUCGCGGAUCAUUUGCAGCCGCAGAGUUUCGACGAUGAGACAGAUCAGACGGUCACGUCGCAUGAGACGAUCGUCUUUGGCAACGCUGUAAAUGGCGCUUCGGCGGACGCGAUUGUCGAGCGCAGAGACCGAUUUCGCGACAAAAGAGAGGUCAACGAUGACCAUAUUCGGUAUAUCCACGAGCAUAUUCGAAGCUAUCGUCUUGAGACCGUCUUGAAUCGCGAUCAGGAUGCCCAGAUCUCAGCGGACUUGAAGGAAUUGUUCGAGAAAGACCCGGAUUUGUUCAAGAAAUAUUAUGAUCUUGAUGAAUUCGAGGAACGGGAAAAACGAAGAAGAGUUGAAGAAGAUCGCCUAAGAAAGUAUAAAGAGGGGCUAGAAGAGAGUAGAACAAGGUAUCAGGAUUACUAUUUAUCUGGAGAUUCAAGAGGUUAUCAGAGAGCAACGAUUCAUCAUGAAAAAGGACUGGACCAAAUAGGAAUUGGCCAAGAAAUUGAGAAAAUUGGCCAUGUUGGACAAGAAAUUGGUCAUUCAGGUCACAGAAUAGGCGGGAUAGGACAGGAAAUCGGCCAUAGAGAUGACAAGUAUAGUCAAGAAGUGCAUGAGAUUGGCCAAGAGAUCACGCGCUCAACGAAAAUCGGAGAAAUUGGCCAAGAUCUCAGACAUCCAGCUGAUCAAGUACAAUAUUCAGACAGCUCCAUUUCUCAAGAUACACUUCAUUAUCAAGAAGAACUGGGUCAUUCUCACUAUGACUCGACUUCUCAUCAUCGACGAGAAGUCUCAAAAGAUUCAAUAACCUCGGUAACGGACUCAAUUUCACUGAAGUUCACUGAUAGCUAUGGCUCGGAUGAAGAUAGCGGAACUUUACAGUAUUCCUCGGGAGGAACCACGCCAAUGCCAACAUUAGAAGAGCAGGUUCAACAGGCCCCAUCGCCAGAACCCGAUGUCACGACAGUUACGGAGGUCGGCAAACGAAGAUUUGAUGUGGAAGUUGAGGAAACGAUAAGCAAGGUGGUCAGAAAAAAGAAGGCUCAGAUUGUGGAGGAAGACACUGACUAUUCAUAUCUAGACGACAUUGAAGAAGAGUCUGAGACCAGUGUAAAAACCCCGGUGUUUGUUGGAGAGCCCUCUGGAACUGGCGAAAUUGGGCAAGAAAUCGGAGAUGACGGAUCAAUUGAUGACAAUGGCCAAGAAAUUGAGUCUUCAGAACAGAUUGGACAGAAAAUUGAGCAUGAAAAUAUCGGACAACAUAUUGAGGUAUCCACAGAUAUUGGACAAGGAGCUUCGAUUGAAUCGGGAAGGCUUUUAUUGAAAGAUAAGGAAUGGAGAAGUCAUCCAUUCGACGAAUACGUCCAUAUAAGACCAUCGACAAGCCACUACCAUGAUAUUGAACAAGUCAGGAGAGAAACAAGGUCUAGAACAAGCGACAUCGGCCAGCAAAUUGGCCAAGAAACAGGAGAAAUUGGUCAGGAGAUCGAAAGAGUUCAGAUUGAGAUUGAACAUAGCGAACAUUAUGGUCAUCAACAUCAACAACAUGAAUUUGAGCGGGGACACACUCACGAGCAUAAUCACGGAAUUGGCCAGGAAAUUGGCCACAAAGUCGGAGAUAUUGGUCAAGAAAUUGAGCGUGUUGUGCACGAAAGCCAUCAUCACGAACGUGCAGAAAUUGGCCAUGAGAUUGGUCAAAAAAUUGGUGACAUUGGCCAAGAGAUCGACCAAAGUCAUCAUGGAGAAAUUGGCCAACAAAUCGACUACCAUGUCCAUUAUCUUUACUACCAUGAACUGGAGUUUGUCCCGUUGAUCAUCACCUUGGACCGAUAUCCAAGAGAAUGGUAUUACGAGGAGCUGGACGAGAGAAGCGUCGUUGAAAGCGGCCGAACUCGCUAUGAAAUCGAAAUUGAAGAGACCUUGGAGAAAGCGAAACGUCGAAUUACUCGAGAACUAACUCAAGAACCACCUGAAGAAGAAGAUGAAGAGGAGAUCGGUAAAUCAGGAGUUGUCAACCGGAGAACUUCCUCGUUAUAUCAUCUAAUGAAUCGAUCCACAGACAUGGCCACAAUCCCUUUUCAUACGAAAAAACCGAUUCAAUGGAGUUAUGACGAGAUUGGAGUUGGUCAAGAAAUUGAACAAAGUCAUGUUGGGCAAAAGAUUGGAGAUAUUGGUCAAGAGAUUGGCCAUGGAGCGAGGGUUGGAAGCCAGAGUGAUAUUGGAGAAGAGAUCUCACAACACGAAGAAACUUACAGCGAGGUCGACCAGAUUCAUUAUCAUGAAGAACGUGAAACUCAUUAUCAAGAAGAACGUGACUUUGAAUCUGAGAGAAGGAGCUCUGAAGACUUCGACGAAAGCCCACACGGAGAUAUCGGUCAAGAAAUCGGCCAUAGAGUGGAAGAGAUUGGACAACAAAUUGAACAGCGAAGUAUUGAGUUUGAACACGAAGAACGUGUUGGUCAUCAACAUCAGAAACAUGAAUUUGAGCGAGAACAUACUCAUGAGCAUGACUAUGGAAUUGGCCAAGAAAUUGAACAUACGCAUCUUGAGAUUGGUCAGGAAAUCGAGCAUCAACGUCUUGAAUUUGGUGAAGAAAUUCGAUAUGGUGAGAUUGGACAGCCAAUUUUGAAUCGAGAAAAGAUCGGCCAAAGAAUCUCAGAGCCCGUGAGCACCGACAUUGGCCAAGAGAUCAAAACUGGAAGCGAAGAUCUAGAGCAGUACCUUGAACAUGAAGUUGAAGUUGGUCAAGGCGCAAAAAUUGGGCGAGCCGAGGUUAAAGAGUCUCGUCGUUCAAUUGGUGAUGUCCUAAGUCCAGUUGGAGGCUCUGCGAAUAUUGAAUAUCGUCAACGAAGAUCGCCAAUCUACACACCAGUCUAUUUGUUGGACAUCCUUGAACCUCAAGUUGAACUUGAACAGUCGAUCUAUGAGCCGAUUCCAGACGUACCAACUACUCCAAUUGGCCAGGAAAUUGAAAAGAUUGAGCAAGAAAUCCAGCAAAAAGAGAUUGGCCAAGAAAUUGAGCCAGUUGGUGGUGAACUACCUGAGCGAAAACGGCAUCCUUCAAGGCAUUCGAUCGGUCAGAGAAUAGAGUACUUUGAAAAGAUUGGACAAGAGAUUGAAAAGCCAGUUGAAAAGCCAAGAAAGAGUAUCGAUAUUGGCCAAGAAAUCAGUACAAGAUUGCCUGAAGUCAAGCCAAUAAGCCAUGUUGAACAUGGCCGGCUUUUACUGCGAGAUGAUGAGUGGAUCACCUCUCCAAUCGAUUGGCAUAUCCAUCAACGCCCUUCGACAAGUCAUUAUGAUAAUAUUGAUGAUGUUAGAAGAACAUCUGAGCUGGAGAUUGGUCAACGAAUUGGACAUCAACAUUAUCAUGAGCAUGACACAAUUGAAUUUGAGCCGAAACCAACUGCAGCGCCGCGAACACCAAGAUCAAGCAGUAUCGGCCAAGAAAUUUUGAUCCCUUCAAAAAUUGAGGAAAGAAUUGAACGACAAGUUGAGAGAUUGGAGGAAAUUAAGAUUGGCCAAGAAAUCGAACAUGAACCUGUUAUAGAACAUGAUCCCAGAUAUACGGAAACGCCCAUCGGCCAAAGAAUAGAACACGAGGAGCAUGUCUAUGAGGAGAUAGGCCAGAGAAUCGAGAGAAGAACUGAAGAUGUAGAUUAUCAUGGGCAUAUUGGCCAGAAAAUUGAAAGACUUGAGCAUGAGCCGCUUUAUCAUGGAGAGCAUGAAGGACAUCAACAUCAAAAGCACGAAUUGGCCCGGGAGCUUGAAAGACAUGGCGAGAUCGGUCAAGAAAUUGACCAUAGGCAUAUUGAGAUUGGCCAAGAAGUUGGCCAUCAACAUGGGAAAACUAGCCACAAACAUGAAGAGAUUGGACAAGAAAUCCUUGUUCCCAAAGAUGAGCCCAUCCAUUACCAUGAACACACUACAAUUAUCUAUGAAGGUCAUCGUCCAAUUGUCCCCAAAUAUCCCUCUGAAACCGGCCAAGAAAUUGAGCACCGACACACCGAGAUUGGUCAAGAAAUUGAACGUAGUCAUCGACAGGAGCUUCCUCAAAUCAAACCGCCUUCCCCAGAGCUCCCUACAAGAUAUUCAGAGCACACGACGAUUAAAUGGGAAGGCCAACGGAGAGAUUACGACCUAAAACAAAGAGAUGAUUACGGAAUCGGCCAGAAGAUUGAGGAGCCAAGAGAAAUUCCGAUUUAUGACGACGUUCCAGUCGAGAGGGAAUGGCGAGAAGUUGGCCAGAAGAUUGAAGAAGGAGGAGAGAUUGGGCAAAAAAUCGAGAAAGUCGAAGAACUUCAACGUCAACGCGAAUUCGAGUGGACUUGGAUCGAACGUGAGAAGAGAUAUCGACCUAUCCCGAGGUAUCCAGACAGCGAAAUUGGCCAGAAAAUCAGAGAAGAUCAUGGGAUUGGCCAGAAAAUCGAAGAGCCAAGAGAAAUCGGCCAAAAAAUCGACAAAAUCGAAGUCGUCCAUCGUCAUCAUGAACUCGAAUGGUCUCAAUACGAAAAUCAACGAGGAUAUCUGCCAAUUCCAACAUAUCAGGAUCGCGGAAUUGGACAGAGAAUUGAAGAGCCAAGAGAGAUUCCAAUUUAUGAAGUCCCACCAACCGGAUCUCAAUACGACAUUGGCCAAAAGCUCGAGAAAAUCGAAGUACUCCAUCGUUAUCGUGAUAUUGAAUGGGAAAUUUAUGAUAGCCAACGAGGCUAUCAGCCAAUUCCCAGGUACUAUGAUGGCGGUAUUGGCCAGAGAAUUGAGGAGCCAAGGGAAAUUCCGGUUUACGAAGUUCCUCCGACAGAAAUCGGACAAAGUAUUGAAAAAAUGGAGAUAUCAGAAGAUAGACUGCAUUAUCAUGAGCAUGAAACAGCAAAAUGGGAGGGGCAAAGAAUUGAUGUGCCAACUUACCCUGUUGGCCAACGAAUUGAAAGGCAUGCGGAACAUGAGGAACAUCAGAGACACUACGAUUUCCCUCCAAUUCGACCAAUCACCCCGGUAGAAGUUGCUGAACUAAGAUAUCACGAGCACACCACAAUCAAAUGGGAUGGAGAACAUCAAAAAUUUGAUGAGACAGAAGAUUACGGGAUUGGCCAAAGAAUUGAAGAGCCGGAGAGAUUGGAAGAGCGGAGACAAAGCCGAGAGAUUGGCCAGAAAAUUGAACCGUUGCCAAGGACUGUUCCGAUUUAUGAAGUACCUCCCACAAGUGAUAUUGGCCAAGAAAUUGAGAAGGUAGAGAACCUACGGUAUCAUGAGCAUAUUACCAUCAAUUAUGAAGGCGAAAGAAGAGAUAUUCCAAGACAUCCAAGCCUCUCGAUUGGCCAGGAAAUUGAACAUUCUCAUGGUGAGAUUGGUCAGAAAAUCGACAAAGUUCCCAUUUAUGACUUCCCACCUCUUGAACCGCUAAGUCCUGUCAAGCACGCCGAAACAAGAUACCAUGAACAUCAAACAACCAAGUGGAAAAGCGAAAGAACUCAUUAUGAAUAUCCCCCGGAAGAUCUUGAGCAUGUUCGCAGAGAUAAUUCAGAAUAUGAAGUCCCUCCAAGUCACGGAGAAAUCGGCCAAGAAAUUGGCCACAGACACGAACAUACGGAGGAAAUCUACGAAGAAAUUUAUGAUCCUUCUGACCCAAGAGGGUACGGUAGGCGGAUUCACCACGAAGAACAUGAAGGACAUCAACAUCAAGUCCACGAACUGGCCAGAGGACGCCGUGAUAUUGACCAUGAGUACGUAGAACAUCACGGAGAAGUCCCGGAGUAUCGAGAAGUUGGUCAGGAGAUUGAGAAAGAAGUCGAAGAAGUUAGAUACCGAGAAAUUGGGCAGAAAAUCAAAGUUGAAGAGAGAUACGGCCGGAUUGGGGAAGAUGUCGAGCCUCCUAAGCCAGUUAUUGUUGAGAAAAUUCAUUACGAACACGACCUACCGAUUAUUCCCUUUGAACCAACCCAUGAUCUCCUUCCAUCCACCUCGAAAGAAGUUUUACUUCCAGAUCAGCCAUAUGAAGAUGUUCCACAGGCAUCAGAAGCUGAUACCAUCAGGAGAGAAUCUCAUUUGUCCCUCAGAGACGAUCAAGAUGCUCCAGUUUUGCUCUGGCGGUCUCGAGAGUUCCGCGCCAGCUUCCUGGAGAUCGAUCCUAGUGCUCAACGAGACUUGGUGAUUGAGGACCGCAAACGGGGGAUUUUAACGGACCCUGUCAAGAGAAAAGCUGAGUCCUCCGUGAUCCGACGUCGAACGACGAUACGAGAGGACUACGGCCCUCCAAAACAUUACACUCAUCAUUUCCAAUACGCUGAUGUCCAUGAAUUGAAGAGGUCGUCGGACGAGCUCGGCUAUAGCAGCUCCACUUUGUCAUCGAGUAAAAAUGUCAAGGAGGUUUAUGACGUGGUCCUUUAUCGAUCCCUUGAGAUGAUCUAUGUACCAUUGGUUAUCGAAUACACUCGAUAUGAUGAGGGACUUCAGAAUGCUCCAGAAGAAGCUCAGCUUCCAAUUGGACAAGAGAUUGAAAGAGAAUAUAGUGACCCAAUCGGCCAGAAGGUCGAUUUGGAGAGGCAGAUAGACGAUUUCGGCGAGAAAAUUGUUCUGUAUGAUCUCCUACGGCCAUUGAAGGAUAUUGAAUUUGAGUUUAUUGAUAAAUCAGAGUAUCGAGAGAUCUACCAUCGAAUCCAUUACACCUACAGUUAUUAUAUUGAAGAUUCCGAUGAGAUCGAAAGAAGACAUCGAAGGACCAGAUCAAGUGUAAUAUAUGAUGAUGUCCCAGUUGAGACAGAACAUCAAAGCCGCGAAAUUGGCGGGGAAAUAUAUGAUACUGUACCCGUAGAACAGGAGGAUCUAAAUAAGAGGUCUGAAGUUGGUUCUGGUGCGACUUUUGAGCCGAUUUAUUAUCAUGAGCCGCUCGGCGAAAGGCUUACGGACUCAUUGCCUGAUGAAAUUUUAAUGCGAUCCCGUGAAUUCAGCGAAAUCUCGUAUCAUCCGGAGAUUGAAAUUCAAGAGAAGACAAUCGAAUUUGGCCCCGAAUCCUCGAGCAGUGGGAAGUCGGAGAAAAUUUUACAUGUUGAUGUGGAAAAGACGGAUUCUUCGUCAUCACAAGCCCUCUCUCCAGAUAUUGGGCAGCAAAUUGAGUAUGAUUACCCACCCGACGUUGAAUUUGAUCAUCGCUUUUUGUAUUACAAUUCCGGCCUGGAAUAUCUGCCAUGGGAUGGAGAACGAAGGCAUGUUGUCUACCAUUGGCAACAAGUUCCCGAAGGAGAAUACGAGGAGCCAAUUCGAACGAGAAUUGAAGAGCCCAUCUACGAUGAAGUCCCCAUUGAUCUGCAAAGGGAUUCUAGAGGGUAUUAUGAUGAAGUGCCUCAAGGAAGGGCUGAAGAUCCGCUAGAACGAAGGGAUUACAUUGACGAGAAGUUUGACGACUUUGAUGAUGACUAUAAACAGCACAUUCUCAAAAGAGAUGAAGAAUUUGGCCAUGAAUUUGCUCCUUAUCCUCCGAUCUAUCGAGAAAUCCCCAAAGAAGAACGCGAAAAUCUUCCAGAAAGGAUUAUCGAGGAUCUUUAUACUGAGAUCGGCCAGAAAAUCAAGAGAGAAGACAGUAAAGUCGAUGAAAUCUUGGUGAAACAACCGGAAUUGGCAAAAGAACCAAUUGAGUCUUACGUUCCGCAAGACUACGAAAGGUCUCAGGAAGUGGAAGAAGUUGAGUACGUCAGACGAGGGCAUUGGUAUGAACGACAAAAGACUUUGUCUUUGACCGACAGUCAAGUCGGACAAGGAGCUAAGAUUGAGGAACGAAUCUACGAUGAAGUUUAUGAAGAGAGACGAAAAGAUUUGGAACAUACGAUCCCUAUUGGUCAAGAAUUGAAGUCCAGAUAUGAACGGAAAUCAACCUCGGAAUAUUCUGAGAUCCCAAGAAUUCCAGCGAGAAAGCCAAUCGAUCCCAUGUACAUUGAGACUGGCUCCGAUAUCGAAGGAGAACCCUUCCCUGCAAGGGUAGUACCGUCUACAGGAGUCCAAACAGUCAAGCCGGUCCUAAUUCCAAGGCCAAAACGAGGAUCGUCUGCCUCAACUUCGACCUCCAUUCAAACCGACCCUCGACAUUAUUACCAGAUUCCUCGGCCAAAACUCAAAAAAUCUCACACUCUUUUUCAAGGGCGCGUUCAUGAAGUUGUCCGGAUAAAAGGCGAGAAUUACAAGGUCUAUGAUGACAAGUACAGUGAGUUCUAUAAAGUGGAUCGAGAUUCUUUCCGUCAACGCAAAUUCUUCAAAAAUUUCGAAGCUGAAGAUCGAUUUUUGGAUGAGUAUCUGAGACAUCAAAGAUGGCAGAUCCCAGCGUAUUUGCUGCCAGUUACGCAGAAGAAGGGCUUCCCGUUGGAGCCCAGCAAAGUGAACAAAAUUACAGUCGGAGUGUUGCUGAAGACGAAGGGCAAGAACAUCUCGGCGCCCUCAGGACUGGAUCGACUUCAUAUCAGAGAGGAAUUGUGGCAUCAAGAGGGAAAAGAAGGUCAAGGAAUUGCGCAGAAAAUUGGAGGGAUCGGCCAAAAAAUCGGCCAAAAUAUUUCUGAAGUUAGAGCCGGUGGCAGCUAUGAUUCCAGAGGCUAUAGCGAAGUUCAGAGAGCUUAUGAUGAGCCGCCGAGAGCUCGAAGGCCAAGUAGAAGGUCGAAUGAAGGAGAACUGUAUCAAAGUCCGGCUUUUAAGAAGGCCAAGGACAAUGCUGAUGAGUUUACUUAUGGAAGCAUCCACAGGAAUCUGGGGAAAGAUGUGGCCACGAGAUUACAGACGUACGAUCAAGUCUAUGAGAGGAUUUAUGAUCAAGUCCCACUCAUUGGUAAGGGAGAAAUUAAAGCUAGUUUUUUGGGCUUUAUUAAAUUUUUAGAUACCUUAAAAUCGUCUACAAUUAAUCCUGCGUAUUUCAGAAGAAGAGAAUCGUCAGAAAAUCCCACCAUCUCCUCCGCCGAGUAUCGAAGGCAAGCGACAAAGACAUUACAGCCGAAAAGAAUACGUGGAACCAAAGCCCAUAACUCCGGAACAGGAUUAUGAUGAAGCUUACGAUGUUCGGCAGUCUUUGAGGUGGGUUUGUAAAAUUAUGAAAAUUAAGAUUGGCUUAUAAAUGUUCGCUGAAUAUCUUGGCGGUUUCUGAAAGGCAGGGGCUGAAAUUUUCAGCGAUUUUUCCAACCAUUCGUAGCUUUCUAUAAACCGAAUUUCAUGCGGUAUUUUUACAACAAUUUUUUUUCAUAAAGCACCAUUGUUUUCACCCCUGAUUACUGUUUUCGCAAAUUUCAAACUGCUUUGUUUAUCUGCAAUAAGUUUUUUUCAUUGCAAGCCCUUUCCAACUCAUUGACUUUUCUCCUGUUUUUCGCAAGAUUUCCCCGUUUUCGUUUCGGCUUUCCGAGUGGACAAAGCGUUCAGUUUUUGGGCCGCAUUUCCGGACCCAACGAAGCCGGCCGGAACAAAAUAAAAGCCACGAAAAGACCGACGGAUGGAAACCCAUCCCUUUUCGUCAUAGUAAUAUUCGCAGCGGGUUUCUGGGCUUGUCAUUUCGGGGUUCGAAUCCAGGCGAGAUUGUAAUAUUUUGGGAGAUUUUUAGUAAAGUUUAAAAAAAAUGUAAAGCCUUUCGAUUUUUUUAAAAAUUUGCGCAGAUACCGUAAAAAAUCUACAAAUUAAUCCCGGAAAAUUUGAGUUUUCGCUUUGCUAGGGAAGCUGAGAAUUUAACAAUUCUUUCAUGAGAGAGCACGUGAAAUGGGGAGAGCUGGACAGACGAAAAACCUUUUUAGUCAUAACUUUUUAGACUCUGCUAUGAGAAAAUUGAUUUUUUGUGACACUAUUUUUUGUUGUAUUUCUAACAGGGCCAAAAAUUUUCGGCUGGAGAAGACGAAGAAAGUUCCAUCUUUUGCCAGUUUUUUGGCCUAAAAAUCUCUAUCAUUUCCAUAAAAUCCAUGGCUUAAAAUUUAAAAAAAUUUAAUUGGACAAAUUUUUUCGAGACUUGACGAUAAUUUUUGAGAAUUCUUUGGGGCUUUUUUUGAAUUUUUAUAUAAAAUUUUUAAGGUAAAAUAUGUUAUGCAGUUCAUGUACAACAAAUCAUCCAUUUCAUAAGCCUAAAAAAUUUCUCCUUGCUAAAAUUUUAAUUUUUCUCUCUAAACAAUUGCUAUCUUCUAUCAUUUCCCAACUAAAAAACCUCAUUUUUAAGGUGACAACCCGAUUGUUUAUCGGUUCAAAAAAGCAAAAUUUGACCUUAAGCCGGCUGGUCAUUGGAAUCAACGCAACUCCAAGUCUCUCUUUUUCUCCCCCAUUCUUCUCUCCGCUUUCUCCCCUUUCAUUUCUCUCUCCGAUUUGAGGGAAAUGGAGGUCGAGAGAGCGCCGAGAAAAGCAAAAAAAAAAAUUUUUUUUGGAAAGAGAAAAUUUUGCUCUUUUUUCGAGGGAUAAAACCCUGGAGAAAGGGGGGGGGGCGCCUCCUUCAUUCGCUUUAGCUUUUUUCCACCAGAGAAUGGGGGAGAAUUCAGAAGGCUUUGUCCUCGCGAAAAAGACGCCCCGGACACGCUGUUCUUGGCCACCAAAAGAUGGCCGAGAACAGUGGUGUCUGAGAAUGUCGUUUUCCGAAGAUUUGGGCCCUAGGGGAGAUGAGGACCGGGGAAUUUUGAGGGGACUUUGAGUAAUAUUUGGAGUUUCGGAUUUUCAGGGGGAUUUUUGGGGAUUUCCUGGGUUUUUAACGACUUUAAAAGGAAUUUUUGGCCGUGAAUUGUAAUUUUAUUUUAAGCCAGUAUUAGUAGUGGUCUAACAGACUGCUUACGGAGUCUUUUUACUUUUUUUAAAUACGGAUUUUGAGCCGGUUUUUGUGAUCAACUCAAAAACAUGGCCUUUUCUUUUAUUUCUUGUUAAAUUUCAACGUUGGCUGCUUUCUAUAUCUGCAUAAAAGCUUCUAAAAUGCUCUAACUCCCUCUACUGUCCUCAGGCAAUAUUCAUUUUGCCGCAGCAUCUGGCAAAAGUUAGUUUAACGGGCUAUUAAGCUUACCCUAUCCAUCUGACCUCUAGCUUCUGUCGCUAAUUGUCCCAAAAAAUAAUUUAUGUUCAUUAUUCUAAGUAGUAGCGGGACUACAACGCUUCUACUUGUUGCUAGGGUUAUUUUAAAGAGUUUGUUUUUCUCCAUAAUCCGGAUUUUCGUUCAUUUUUUAGCAGCGGAAAUUUUUGAAAGCCAAUUUUUACCCUCUGAAAAAGCUCUCAAAAAAGAAUGACUCCUAAAAAGUUCAGAGCAAACCUUUACUCCCUAUUCUUUAACUCGCUCCGUAAACACACAGAAAGGCAGAAAAAACAAAUUAAACCCCUGGUUCAAUUAGAAUCGCCCAUUUUUGGUAGCCCACUUGCAAGGGGCUUAAGACGUUUUGGCGAGGGAUUAAAACUCAAGGACGUUGGCACGCUACCCUCCAAGUACUUUCGUUUUUAUGGCCCUUAGAUGACAAAUAGAGCGCUGCCAACAGUUUGAAAAAAAUUUUCGGAAAAAAAAUUAUGGGAUUUUUUUGAAAUUUUCGCCCAAAAAUCUGUAUUUUUUCCAAUUUAAUGAUUGAUAUCUAUAGCUAAGGGACUUUAUUUUGAUUUUCUGUCCAUUUUUUGAAUAUUGUUUUCAGUUGAAUGCCCUUUUCUCGCCCCAAAACUCUUUAUCUUUGCGCGGAAACCCCCUCAAGACCGAAAAAGGAGAGAUUUCCACGGAUAACAGAUUAGCCGAGCGCGACAACAAUAAUAUUUUUAUGGAAAGGCUGGGUUUGAGUGGUUUUCGGUGCGAAUAUAGCUCUAGGGAAUUUUUUCGAAAAAUUGGAAAAUGCGAUUUUUGGCAAAAAAUUGAAAAAAUUCAAAUUUCAAAAAAUUUAAAAAAAUGAAAAAAUAAAUAUUUUCAAAGGUUAAACACCCCUUUUUACGACUAUUCCCUUCACUUUUUACUAUUAUAUUUUCGUUUUAUUUCUCUCGGAUUAUGAACGCAAUGUAAAUAUUGUCCUUUCUCUUUUUGCGUAUCAUCUGACUUUCCAUGGGAAGAAAUUUUCCGCCUUUUUUAUUCCUUAUCUCAUAAAUUCUUUGCUUGUAAACAUAAGAAAUUGAUUACAAUUGUUGCAUUCAACAAAAAAUAUUUUUUUUUAGUUGUAAUUCCCUAAGCAACUUUUUUUGAUUUUUUUUGAAUUUGCAAAUAACUCCGAAUGUUAAUUUUGAAAAAAAUAGAAAUUUUAACUCAUAGUUUGGAGGGUCACUCUUAUUUAACGUUAUUCUUUCGAGAGAACACGAUAAAUAAGGAGAGUCCCAAGAAAAAAGGCUUUUUUUGCCUGUAACUUUUUGUACUAUUUCGGUCAGAAAAAUUUGAUUUUUAGCUGAAAAAGCUUCACGAUUUCUUCUAAUCUAUCUUGAAACUGCUGGGCCAAAAAAAGAAAAAAAUAUAUUUUGUUAAAUGUAGGUUCAAAAGAUCUGGGUAAUUUCUGUAAAAUCGGCAAUAAAAAUUCUCAUAAGUCUCACAAUUGUCAGAACUUUUUUUAUGCAAUCUUGCAUCACAACCUGCACAAAAGUCACGUUUUUUUUCUAAUGUGGCAGUUUGUUUUUCAUGGUCAAAUAUCCGUUAUGAAAUUGUGAUUCAUAUUUCCGUUAGUCACCAAAUUUGGAAUGAUAUUGCAAAAAGUAUUUAUCUUAUUUUUGACUUUCUUUUUGUAACGUUUUUUUUUUAUAAUUUUAAAAAAUAAAAAAAGCUGAGUAAAUUUUCUUGCCACACCCGGUUUUAAAAAAUUCCUUUGAUGAUGUUUCACCAUCAAAUGAUCGUAUUUUAUAAUCACUUCAUUUUGCCUCACAAUUUUUUCUUAUUUUCCGUAUUUUAGGCACGUCCGUUCCUCCGAGAAGCUUCCGCCUCGCGACGAGGACUUUGAAGUUCCCUUCUCGCAAGUCCUUCUUCGGCACGUCGCGGAGAACGGGUCUGUGCGUCGGAAACGUCGGCUCGCUUCCUUCAAACGCCGCGAUCCCUACGUGCGCCGCCCGUCCGAGCCCGACUUCACAUUCGGCCUUCACUUCGGCUCGCAUCCAUUCCUCAUCUACCUGGCGCGACAGCCAUUCAUCCGGGGCCACUUUUAUCGACGAAUGGCCGAGCUACGCGACGAACUUCCCAUCGGAAAUGGGAAGGGACCCAAUUCGGAGGCGUUGGAAAACACGGUCGACACCGAGCAGAGCGCGUUGUGGAAUCCGGCAGAGUUGUUGAGGAGACAGUAUCAUGUGAGUGGACUGCAGUAAAAACAAAAAAAAUGUUCUUGAGUUUGUUCUACAGAGCACAGCGUUCUGUACUUUUUUGGAAUGAAUCGGAAACCAAUUUUUUCGAUUUUUCUAUUAGUUGUCGACAGUUACGCGGGUCUAGCGAGCGUAUGGUAUAAGAUUGAGUUGUGAAAUUUGCAAUGCUUAUAGAGCAAAGAGAGAUCUUUUCAGCCAUGCCACUUUUAACAACUUUUAUGCAGAACUGAAUUUGUAAUCAAAGCUGAAAGAUGUCGUAGAAAAUUAGAAAAAAUCGGUGUCCGAUUCAUUCCAAAAAAGUGCAGAACGAUGUGAUGACGUUCUACAAUAUUUUCGUUGUAAUUAGAAGUCAAAAAAGCCAUUUUAACCCCCAAAAAAUCAACAAUAAUCUCAUUCUCAGGUGGACUACAACCCGCUUGUCGAGCAUCGUCUCGCCUACGACACCAUGGAAGGUCACAUGGAAUUCCCCAACGACGAGAACACCGAAGUUCCCGAGAUUGAGAAGCCUUGGAGGCCGUUGUAUUGCCGCAUUCGUGACGGUCGAUUCGCAUGGUUUGCGUCGCAUUGCGCGGACGAGCAUCCCAUCAGCGACGUCCUCUUGACGGACACCAAAAUCACAGCCAACAAGGAGGACUGGACAUUCCGGAUUCAAGGCGGAAAAGAGAACGUGAACGUGCUGGUUAAAGCGCCAUCGAAUGUGUUCGAGAAAUGGCGACAAGUCUUGUUGAGUCAGAGUCAGACCGAGCUUAUCGACGCCUAUGUUCAGCCGGCCAAACCGGUGGUCCCACAUUAUCAGAAGGUAAGGGAAACGUGUAAUGUGGGACCUUAUUCAGUGGCCAAAAACGUGCCAUUUUGCAUCCGGGAAGUAUCAAAAAUGUGGUAAAAUGCUUCCCUAUCCAAGUGAAAAAACUUUGUUUGGAAAGGUCCCUCACAAAAAGAGCGGGCGCGCUUAUGAAAAUCCUUCCCGGAUGCAAAAUUAUACGUUUUUUGCCACUGGAUCAGGUCCUGCACUGUAUGUAGACUUCUCAAAAUUCCAUUUCAGAAAGUUCUCCUCCUUGAGAUCGGCGCUGCUUCGGUCCGAGCGGGAGUUUUGACCAACAAACCCUCGCUUCCUCAAUGCUUCUUCCCCGCAAUCGCUUUAGUAACGAACGACAAUCAAAUCAUUGUCGGAAACGAAGCCUUGGCCCCGGAGAAUCGGCGGAAAGGAAGGCUGGAGAGGCCGAUGGAUGUUGCUGAUGGCGCUGGAAUCGAGCGAUACAACUUCAACAGCAGAAUUGUUGAUGCUGCAGUGAGGAAAGUGCUGGAGGACUUGAAGAUCAAAGCUGGCGAGUAUAAGGUGAGAAAUGACGAAAGAAAUGGCUUUAAUUUGGAAAAUAGUCGAUGUAGUGACUGUAGUCGGCAAAAAGCCUGAUAAAAAGAUUGGUUUGUAGCGAUAACCAGUUGAAUUCGCUGCCCAGGUCCGGACAGAUGGGUUAGCUUUGUCAUUCAGGCAGUUUGGCUAAUCUACGGGCCAGAAUCCUUGGCCAAAUUAACCGUUCAAUAACUUUUCCAAGUUGCUGGGGUAUUUAGAUUGCUCCGUAAGAUUGGCCAAGCUAUGUGUCCCGCUUGCCGCUCAGAUUUGGAUCCCUCAAACUAAUCUUUCUUUCCUUCCAGAUCCUCCUUUCCAUCUCUCAAGAUGUCCCCACCACAUACGCCUCGCAACUUCUCCAUCUUCUCCUCGAAGCCCUUCAUUUCCAAGCCGCGACAAUCGCCCGUCAGCCUUCGUUGAUCCUCUACUCUUACGACGUCACGACUGGGGUUGUUGUCGACAUCGGAGAGACGUUGCACAUUGUCCCAGUCAUCGACGAAUAUAUUGUGGACAGCGCCAUUGUCUCGCUGCCAUUUGGAGCACAACAGAUUCGCAACGCGUUGAAACGAAGGCUUCAGAAUUCGGCAAAUGGAGCUGGAAUCGGCUUCCACUCGCCGGUUGAGCAUAUUGUCUUACAGGUAAGACUUUACACUGCUGAAUCGAAAGUUUUUUAAAAUAUACGAGAAGUUUGAACUCUCCAAAUUUUGUAUUUUUUAGGAGGUUGUUCGGCAAGUUUGCUACGUCGACUCCGAAUCCACCGGGGAUAAGAAAGGCCCAAUUACUGUGGAUUUGAGUGCUCUCAAACUGGGAGAGGGAUUCCCAACACAAAUCCAAGUCGAUGAGGAGAGACAUUUAGUCGCUGAAGGACUCUUCAACCCCAAGAAAUGGGGCAUUGAGACCAAAGGAAUCCAUCAUCUCAUCCAUGAGGUCAUCCAACAAAGCCCGAUUGACAGCAGAAGAACGUUGUAUAGGUAGGGUUAUUUAACUCUAAUCUACAAAAAAUCUCAGUAAAACGAGCCUUCGCAGAACGAAAACUUAUUUUAGAGGUCAAAAGAGUGCAUUUUAGGCCAAAAUCAACUGCAAGGAUACCUAUCAAUAAAGAUUUUUUUUUGACUCUGCAUGCAUUAAAUUGAAACACGUUUUUUCUAAGGGUCGAGCGAGGCUCAACUACAACUACAUAAAAAUGGACCUCCACUACAGUACGCCCAGCUACAGUAACUUUUUCGAAAUUUUUUUGUGAAAUCGUAAUAAGGGUUCAUAGGCAACUAAUAUUUGAAAGUUUGAACAAAAUUGAACAACUCUGAAUUUAACGUCGCAGCUAUGCUCGACCCUUAGAAAAAACGUGUUUAAAAAAAAGAUGACUAUAACCUCUAAAUUACCUAAUUAUAGGAGUAUCUCCAUUUUUUCAUUACGUGUAAGAAAUGUAUUUAUUUUUAGGAACAUCUACUUGGCCGGAGGCGUUUCAUUGUUGCCCGGCCUCGCCGAACGUCUGGAACAGGAACUCAGCAAGAUUGCACCAAGCUCAAUAUUUGUUCAGGUAAGGGGUUUUUGAGUAUAACCGAUGGUCGAAGUUGCUGUAAAGCGCAAACUGGAAAUUUCGGAUAUGCGUACGAAAAAAUGUUAUAAAUUUUUGUCGAGUUUCAUCAAAAUUCUAGCGUCGCUCUUGGAGCACUUCCCACUAUUAAAUUUUUUUUAUUUUACAUUAUAUUAUAGUGUAGUCAUACAUCAAAAAAUUUUUUUCAGGUCCACGGUUCUCCCUGGCGCUACCACGCCGCUUACCUGGGCGCCCAAGUCAUCGCGUCCAGCCACCAAUUCGACAGUUGUUGUGCGGACAAGGACAACAUCAACGAAUACAUUCGCCAACUGGAGGCGGAGAUCAGCUAA